AGAAUAAGUCCAGUAUAAAUUUCGGUUGAGAGGCGAAGGAAAGGCCCAGAUUUCAGCAGCUAUGGCGGUCCGGUGCUUCUCCUCUCCUCUCUCCCCUCCUUCCAACCCGAUGAACCCCAGAAUCCUCAUCUCCAAAUCCGUUAGCCUGGUCUCAACUAAUACCCACCGUCCAUUUGUUACAUCGGAAAGGAAUCGCCGAAUUUAUUCGCUGAAGAAAGCUAAAGUAUCAGCUGAAGGGGAUCUUCUCACGAGAGAAGUCGAUACCGCUACCAACAAAGCCGAUGAUAAAGAUUAUGGGGUUGUUAGCAUUCACCAUGUUGGAUUGCUGUGCGAAAACCUUGAAAAGUCGCUCGCAUUUUAUAAAGACCUUUUGGGUCUUGAGAUAAAUGAAGCAAGGCCACAUGAAAAACUACCAUAUCGAGGGGCUUGGUUAUGGGUGGGUCCUGAGAUGAUUCAUUUGAUGGAGCUUCCAAAUCCUGAUCCCCUGACAGGACGCCCUGAACAUGGUGGUCGAGACCGUCAUGCUUGUAUUGCAAUCAGAGAUGUGUCCAAGCUUAAGGCAAUCUUUGAUCAAGCUGGAUUAAAUCAUUUCAACAUGGAUUGCAAAAAAUUGUUGCAGAACUUUUAUGAGGAAUUAGCUAUACCCUCAGCCGUUCUGGGAGGCCGGCAAUCUUUACACGAGACCCAGAUGGUAACGCGCUGGAAUUCACACAAGUUGACUGAACACGUCAUCUCCGGAAGAUCUAUAUUCGAGCAGCAUGGGACAUUUAAUUCAUCUAAUGUUCCUCCACUCCCCAGCCCCCUAAAAGUGUGUUGUGUAUAGAUCUUCAUAACGAUCAUCAUGUUUAAAGAGAUUGAACAAUGCUGUUCAUAUCUGCUAUGAUGUUCCAAUUAGUUUGAGGUUAUAUAAUAUUAAUGAAGCAGAUGCUUUGUGUUUAUAUCA